UGGACGGACCAAAUCGCAAGGUCCAUGGACGUUGGCGUCGGACGGUGCUCACUGGGCUGCAGUCGCACUGUCGAUUUAAGGUGGUCUAGAUAGCAACUUGGACAUACCGGUAGUUAUAAUUUAUGAACGUCACAAACGCGUUUUACAAUUACACAGCCAGCAAACAUUUCCUGCCUAAAUGUCGUUUUAUCCACGCGGCAAGAUAGUAUCUAAGCAUCACUGCUGCAGGUCCACCUUAACAUUUGAUGUCACUCAUUGCUCAUGCAGUUUGCAUUUACGUACGUCAACAACAUGAUUGAAUAGAGGCUUUCUUCCUGUCGUAUGCUUUACUCAUAUGGACCGAGACAGGCAGUAGAGUAUCAAUUUGGAUGCAUCUCGUGUUGUUUUCACGUUCCCCAUCAUUUCAGUGAAGAGGGGCGACGAAACCGCAACGUUUAUCACCGGGAUUAGGGCCUUGUCUGGGGUGAGCAGAUUAUCCUGCACUGCCGACUUGUUGAAGUAGAAAUCAUCAUCCAAAUCGAGUCGCCCAGAGUGAGGCCCAGGCAGGAGCCGGCUGCUGCUGACCACGGCACCAUGAUGGAGGGGGGCAUGCAGCUGCUGAACCGUGAUGGCCACAGCAUCUCGCACAACUCCAAGCGCCACUACCACGACUCGUUUGUGUCCAUGAACAGGAUGCGCCAGCGUGGCCUGCUCUGCGACAUCGUGCUGCACGUCUCCAACAAGGAGAUCAAGGCGCACAAGGUGGUGCUGGCCUCCUGCAGUCCCUACUUCCAUGCCAUGUUUACAAGUCACCAGGUGAGGUGUGUGUCCAAGUUUUCAUCCUCCAUCCUGCAGCUCAGACUAGAGCUUUGUGAGGAUGAGAUGUCGGAGAGUCGUCAGACCCACGUGACCCUGCAUGACAUUGACCCCCAGGCAUUGGAACAGCUGGUUCAGUAUGCCUACACGGCAGAAAUCGUGGUGGGGGAGGGCAACGUGCAGACAUUGCUUCCAGCGGCCAGCCUGCUGCAGCUCAACGGGGUGAGGGACGCCUGCUGUAAGUUCCUCCUCAGCCAGCUGGACCCUUCCAACUGCCUGGGCAUCCGCAGCUUUGCCGACACGCACUCCUGCAGCGACCUGCUCAAGUCGGCGCACAAGUACGUCCUGCAGCACUUUGUGGAGGUGUCCAAGACUGAGGAGUUCAUGCUGCUGCCGCUAAAGCAGGUAUUAGACCUGAUCUCCAGUGACAACCUGAACGUACCGUCAGAAGAGGAGGUAUACCGGGCCGUGCUGAGCUGGGUCAAACACGACAUAGAUGGGCGCAGGCAGCACGUACCCUGGCUGAUGAAGUGCGUGCGUCUGCCCCUGCUGCGGAGGGAUUUCCUCAUGAGCAACGUGGACACGGAGCUGCUGGUGCGCCACCACUCUGAGUGCAAGGACCUGCUCAUCGAGGCCCUCAAGUACCAUCUUAUGCCCGAGCAGAGGGGUGUGCUGAGUAACAGCCGUACCCGGCCGCGCCGCUGCGAGGGUGCCAGCCCCGUGCUCUUCGCCGUCGGUCAGUGUGCCCCCGAGGUUACCCACCAGGGUGGCGGCAGUCUGUUUGCUAUCCACGGUGACUGCGAGGCCUACGACACGCGGACUGACCGAUGGCACAUGGUGGCAUCCAUGUCCACUCGGCGGGCACGUGUGGGCGUGGCGGCCAUUGGCAACAAGCUGUACGCUGUGGGAGGGUAUGACGGCACCUCAGAUUUGGCCACAGUGGAGUCCUACGACCCUGUCACCAACUCCUGGCAGCCUGAGGUUUCAAUGGGGACGCGACGGAGCUGUUUGGGCGUGGCAGUGUUGCACGGCCUCCUGUACGCCGCCGGUGGUUACGACGGAGCUUCCUGUCUCAACAGUGCAGAGCGGUACGACCCUCUCACCAGUACCUGGACCUCCAUCGCUGCCAUGAGCACCCGAAGGAGAUACGUCCGUGUGGCCACUCUAGAUGGCAGUCUGUAUGCAGUAGGAGGAUAUGAUAGCUCCUCACACCUAGCAACAGUGGAAAAAUAUGAACCACAGAGUAACGCAUGGACAGCCAUCGCCAAUAUGCUGAGUCGACGCAGCAGUGCCGGGGUGGCUGUGCUGGAGGGCAUGCUCUAUGUCGCCGGGGGCAACGAUGGCACCAGCUGCCUAAACUCGGUGGAGCGAUUCAAUCCCAAGACCAAUGCCUGGGAGGGCGUGGCGCCCAUGAACAUCCGCAGGAGUACCCACGACCUGGUGGCUAUGGACGGCUGGCUGUACGCAGUGGGCGGCAACGACGGCAGCUCCAGCCUCAACUCCAUUGAGAAGUACAACCCGCGCAGCAACAAGUGGGUGGCGGCCUCCUGCAUGUUCACGCGGCGCAGCAGUGUGGGGGUGGCCGUCCUAGAGCUGCUCAACUUCCCGCCGCCUUCGUCGCCCACACUCUCUGUGUCCUCCACCAGCCUUUGACACGGGGCUAAGCUCUGGCUGACCUCAGCCUCAACCUCGGCCUUGGUUGCCACCGCACAGCCAGGCCCCAGCAAGAGACGCAACUGCUCUGUGUGAAGAGGGAGUGAGAGAAUGCAUAUACUUGAAUCAGGUAGCGAGAGGGAGAGUGGAGAAAAUGGCUUGAGAGAGAGUGUGAGGGGUACAGUUUGAGGGAGAGUGGAGAGAAGGGCUUGAGAGAGAGUGGGAGGGGUACAGUUUGAGGGAGAGUGGAGAGAAGGGCUUGAGAGAGACUGGGAGGGGUACAGUUAGAGGGAGAGUGGAGAGAAGGGCUUGAGAGACUGGGAGGGGUACAGUUAGAGGGAGAAGAGGUGAUGGGAAGAGCGAGUGAGGAAGAGUGAAAGAUGGAGAGAGAAACACACAGAGGGGGCUGCUGGAUCUGGUCUCUUUCCCUGAAGUCUCACUGUAUUACCUUAAAGAUACCAGCUUCUAGUCUAUUGAAGAACACAGGAGAGUUUUCCUCAGAUAAAGAGGUUGGGAAAAAAACACCAUUUGCAAUCCACUACUGUCUCUGAACCGAUUUUAACUUAGGAAUGUAGCUAUGGUUCUGAUUCUGCCAUGCAUGUUUACUGACAUUGUGUCCUGGCAGGCAGGAAUAAAAAUGAGUAGUGCAGCUGUAUGUGUCACACUAGGUGGCAUUAACGGGCAAUGUUGUUUACCGUCCUACCCUACGGACGAGCCUUGUGUAAUAGAGUGUUGCCCCUAGACAUUUUCCAGCAUUUCCCCUUAAAUGGUUAAGGUUAGUAUUGAGGAGGGAAAGCUGAUCCUAGAUCUGUACCUAAGGAAAACUUCAACCAACCAGCUGGAGAAGAAGGAAAAAAAGAAUGUAGCUAUUGAUUCGAGGUCUAUCGUUACUCUAAACUAUACAUUUGUUUAAAAAAUAUAUAAGAACAGAUAAUAUGAUGUUGAAUUAUUUAUUAAAUGUAAAAAAUAUAUAUAUAUAUAUAUAUAUAUAGCUAAUAUAUUCCGACAAUUUCAAAGAUGCUUUGUGAAAAGCUAAUGGACCACUGCUACGACUCGAGUGCCGUAUUAUUUUUACUUUGUUGUGUUAACGUCGUGCAUAUCAUUGAUGGAAGUGUGUCCGAGAGGAUGUCAAAAGUGGGAAGUUGUUCAGUUUGAGCGUUGAGUAUAUCAGAGUGAAGGAUUGAUAAGGAUUUUUUUUUUUUACGUAUUCAUAAAGUGUCCCAGGGUAGGAAUGCUGAUCUAGGUUCCCCCUUAUUCAUAAUGAUUUAAAAGGAUAAACUGAUCCUAGAUCAGCAUUCCUACUCUGAGACACUUUUUGAAGACGGGCAGAGGUCAACUGAAAUAUCUUUAUUAUUUGUAAAGGACAACAGUUAAAAGAAAGAGGUUUAUUUUGUUCAUGCAGUGUUUAUUCUUUUGCCGGUUGGUACCUUGACUGAAAAUGUUAAAUAUUUUUCAAAAGUAGCCUUGUCACUGCCACAUGUAUUUCACAACCGAUGUCAUUAGUAGUUAUGGCAACUGAUGUCCAAUACGGUUGUAUGGAAGGCUAUGGUAUGCAAGCUUGCUUGUCCGCUAGCUAAUUAGAAGACCCCAAUCCAUUGUAUAGAUCAUUAUCAUUCAUAAACACAUAGUGGUAUCACGAUCAUGACAGCUUUGAAAUGGCUAAAGAGCAGAAGGGUCAAGUAAUGUGUAGGCAAAUUAACACAACACUAAUCUUAAUACUUAAGACUAGCUGCGGCAAUGUCAAUGUGGAAACAUUUAUGGUGCUUUCAUUUUGUGUUACUUACUCAUCAUUUUGUACUUUCACUCAUCAUACCACUUCCUGUAUUGUUGAAAAGGAUCCAAAGUUACCACAGCAAUGUUUACGUAGUAAACGUGUGACAACAUGUAGUAUAACUCUAAGCUCUAACGAUACUCUGGAACACGUCUAUCAGAUAAUACCAUUCUUUGGAAGUUCCACAAAAUGGCACACAUCAAAGCAAAGGAAAUGAAGCUGUUUCUACAUACUCAAUACUGAUACUUUACCUGAGGUUAAAGAGCUGUGUCCGCCACAACAUGUCCUAAUUUUAGCUUUUGACUCGUCACAGUUAGCUAGGUUCAAUAAAUAGGCUAUGUAGAGCAGUGUGAUCAAAUGUAAAACUUCUGAGAAGUUAUUUAUUUUCCUUUUUUCAAAGGAUUUUGUUGAUCUGGUUUUGUUUUUACCGAACCCCCUCUCCCCCAGUAAUGGUGAAGUAUUUUGUCCCCAAAUCGCAAAAGUGGUUGCAGUGAUGUCUUCUGUGACGUUAUGGUCAGGUUGUAUACAGAUUGUUUUAAGAGGUCUUUUUAGCGACCAGAAAAAAAACGUAUUUAGCUGGUUGUAAUCUGGUAUCUAACCAGGCUUCUCUACAACCAGAAAACCUAUUUACAACCAGAAAAUGAUGUCAUUAUAACAUUCCAUGCCAAAUGUUACACGGUGGGUUCGUGUGAGCUCAUAAUGUACCAUGAGUGACAUCUCCACACAAGAACUUGGCCUCCAUUUAGUUGAAUCAAAUGUAACGAAGGAAUUGCCCAAAUUCUCGGAUUGAAUGCAUUGUCAAUGUGACUGUAGCUUUUUUAGUUAACACAUUAUUGUUCAAUGUGACCUGCAUCGUUUAUUUAUAUGUUAUAUUUAUCGAGAAAAUGUAUGGAGAAACGUUGCACUAUUGUGAAAUGGAGCAAUACACUGUAUAGAAAAUAAAUAAAGAGGCUUUCAGGUGUGAGAACCCA